AUGAAGGAAGACGUACCAAGACAAAGAGAGGCUGUCUCUCUCACACCCAUGGCCAACGGUCUGGAGAACAUGGGAGCUGAGUUCUUGGAAAACCUGGAGGAAGGCCAGGCCUCUGGCAGUGACCAGAGCCCUGCAGAGGGUGGUGGCAGCUGCAGCAAGGCAGGGCCCAAGCCGUUCUCCAGAUGGAGGAGCCUGCAGCCAGCCACAAGAGCAAGGCACCUCUGCAAGAAGCUCUCACAGUUAUUUCGAUGGAUCCUCACGGGCUUGCUCUGCACUGCAUUCACUGCCUUUCUGCUGAUUGCCUGCCUCCUGGAUUUCCAGAGGGCCCUGGCGCUGUUUGUCCUCACCUGUGUGGUCCUCACCUUCAUGGCCUACAGCCUGCUGAAGAGGCUUCUGGGGCCAAAGCUGAUGAGAUGGGUCAAGCCUCUUGGGAAUUCCCAUCUGAACCUCUGGUUUAAGAGGUGAGUAUCCUGGAGGGCUGUGUCCUGGGGCCUUGGGCUGCAGUUUGCACUUGGACUCUUUGUCAUCAGAACGGAACCAGGAUUCAUUGCAUUCCAGUGGCUGGGUGAACAGAUCCAGGUGUACAAGAAUUAUCUUAAAGCAGGUGCUGGUUAUGUGGAUUCAGGUUCUGCUCUUGGGUCUUUAUACUUUCUUUCCUGGCAGGUUUUGCCCAUCAUUGUUUUCUUCAGCUGUGUCAUGUCAGUUCUCUACUAUGUGGGCCUCAUGCAGUGGGUGAUCUUGAAGAUUGCCUGGCUGAUGCAGGUCACCAUGGGCACUUCGGCCACCGAGACUCUUAGUGUGGCUGGGAACAUCUUUGUGAGCCAGACUGAGGCUCCUCUCCUGAUCAGGCCGUACUUGGCAGACAUGACUCUCUCUGAGGUCCACGUCGUCAUGACCGGAGGCUACUCCACCAUCGCCGGCAGCCUGCUGGGCGCCUACAUCUCCUUUGGGAUCGACGCUGCCUCUUUGAUUGCUGCCUCCGUGAUGGCCGCUCCUUGUGCUUUGGCCCUCUCCAAGCUGGUCUACCCGGAGGUGGAGGAGUCCAAGUUUAGGAGUGAGGAAGGGGUGAAACUGACCUACGGAGAAGCACAGGACCUCUUAGAAGCAGCCAGCAGUGGGGCCGCCAUUUCGGUGAGGGUCAUUGCCAACGUUGCAGCCAACCUGAUUGCCUUCCUGGCGGUCUUGGCCUUCAUCAAUGCUGCCCUCUCCUGGCUGGGGAACAUGGUGGACAUCCAGGGGCUCAGCUUCGAGCUCAUCUGCUCCUUCGUUCUACGGCCUGUGGCCUUCAUGAUGGGCGUGGCCUGGGAGGACUGCUCGGUGGUGGCAGAGCUGCUGGGGAAGAAGCUGUUUCUGAACGAGUUUGUGGCCUACCAAGAACUCUCCCAGUACAAGCAGCGCCGCCUUGCAGGGGCUGAGGAGUGGGUUGGUAACAGGAAGCAGUGGAUCUCUAUCAGAGCAGAAAUCCUCACGACGUUCGCCCUCUGUGGAUUUGCCAACUUCAGCUCCAUUGGGAUCAUGUUGGGAGGCCUGACCUCCCUGGUUCCUCAACGGAAGAGCGACUUCUCCCAGAUAGUGCUCCGGGCGCUCUUCAGUGGGGCCUGUGUGUCCCUGGUGAACGCCUGCGUGGCAGGGAUUCUCUACGUGCCCAGGGAGGCUGAGGUUGACUGUGUGUCCCUCCUCAACAUGACCCUCAGCAGCAGUAGCUUUGAGGUGUACAAGUGCUGCUAUGAGGUCUUCCAGAGCACCAGCUCCCAGUUCAGUGCAGAGGCCCUGGGCAACUGCUGUCGAUUUUACAACCACACAACCUGUGCAUAG